AUGGCUGCCCACGUCGACCUCUCCCAGCGGGACAUCAACGUCCUCGAAAAGAUGCGCGACCCAGACUACAACCCGGCCGCCAACCUCGUCCUCGACGAGCGCCUGCCGCGCGACCCGCACAUCACCGACCCCGACAUCUACGACCAGGUCUCCUCGCGCGAGCGCACCAUCAUCCAGUCCAUCCAGGCCCUCGAGGCGGAGCUCGCCCAAUCACAGGCCCUCGACGCCGACGAGCGCGCCAUCACCGGCUACCGGGCCGCCGUUGCGCAGCUCGACGCCCUCAUCGCCGAGUACCCCAAAUACGCCAGCGCCCGCAACAACCGCGCGCAGAUCAUGCGCCGCCUCUACGGCGACCUGAUGCUGCUCGGCGUCACCACCACCAGCGCCGCCGUCCUGCCGCUGGUUCCGUCGCCGACCCGCGAGGAGAAGCAGCAGGCGUCGGCGCGCGCGCUCGAGGACUUGGAGACGUCGAUUGCGCUGCUCACGCCAGAGGCGUUUGCGAGCCCCAUGGCCCCGACCGCGGCGCGCACCCUGUCCAGCGCCCUGACGCAGCGCGGCGCCAUCUAUCUCCAGACCGGCAAGAUGCUGUCGGCCGACCGCGCGCUCGACAUCGACGCCGGCCGCCGCGAGAGCGACUGGUCGGCGCACCGCUUCCAGGAGGCCGCCUCGCACGACCUGGCGCUGGGAGGCCGCUACGGCAAUGAAAUCGCAAAGAACCUCGCCGUCAGCGUCAAUCCUACCGCCAAGCUGUGCGGCCAGAUUGUGCGCGAGGCCAUGCGCAAAGAGUACGGCCCUGGCUUCAUGGGUCCCGAGCCCGAGGAGUAG